UUUCCAGAUAAUUGCCCAGAUGCAGAUUGUGAUUUUCUUGUAACUUACCAAGCUUCUGGUGCUAACGGUGUUGUUUUCGAGCUAAGAGGCAGAGGAAACUGGGCAGGAGUGGGAUUUAGUGAAGAUAAUCAGAUGGUAAGCAACCAAACUGUACAAUGGUCUGGCAGAAAAGUAUUGCAUUCACACGCAAAUUUGGCUGUUAUUAAAAUGCUCUCCAAGAGCCGGUCUUAAUGGUGUGGAGGCACUCCGGGCCAACUGUUAGUUAUUUAGAUUUUUUUUUACAGUUAAAAGCUACGCUUAGUCACCAUCCUCUCCGUUACGAUUAACAAAAAGCUAAAAAUAUCGUUAGCUGUUUGAAAAGAUCAAAAUGAAUUUCCAUUGUUGAAAAUUGAUACACAAUUCCAGUGGCAUUUUGUGCUAAGGAAAUUUUUUACGGUAAAAAUUUUUUUAACACCGAUGGCUCAAGUCCACCAAGCCUGGACUCCCCCUCUAACGGUUAAGAUUUUCCAACCACUAAACUUUUGGCCGUUUUUUCCCUUACCUGAAUCUUAUCUCAUUGUCCACAGCCUGAUACCGACAUACUUAUUUGCGCCAGCGAUACCUCACUAAGUGGCCAUUAUUACGCAUCCGGUAGAACAAGACCAACUAGGACAGAUCCGGUAAGUCAAUUGCUGUUUUUCAUUGACUAUAUGGUCUCCUGAACGUUGCUAAACAUUAUCCCUUGCCUUUAAUUAGUUUUCAUCAUUUUUUUUAGCAUUUGGUUUCCCCAAGUUAGUGUAGCCGCUUUCUUUGCUUCCCUUUGAUUCCAAAGCUCAUCACCAUUAUCGUUUUUCUCUAACUACAAGCACGUGUGAAAUUUUGAUUUUCAUGUUUUAGAGAUUUUAACCCACUCAGUAGUAAAAACCGCAUAUUUUUAUACAGUUUUAUCACUUAAGUAAAAUAAAGCAAUCAAUGUCUCGUUUAACAGAACGUUUUGUUUUACAAUUUAAAAAAAAGGUGACUGAGAUACAUGAUAUAAAGAAAACAUGAAGCCGAUCAAGCAAUUUAACGAGGUACCGCGUUGAAUCAGCAGAUCAACUCACACUUGCCAAUAUUUUUAUUAUUUUUGUAAUUUUUGAUAGACUCCACUCGCUGUAGAAAUCGCUGACCAAUCAUUUAAUGGUGGCGUGGUGUCUUGCAGGUAACUUAUCAUCAUCAUCGUCAUCCUUAUCAUAGACCUCAUUAUCAAUGAAAUCAUCAUUAUAAAUUGUUGUCAUGAUUAUCGUAUUCUCAAAACUAUUGUACCAUUUAAUGCAAUUAUGCAAAUCAGUGAAGGGUAUAGGGGACCGUUAGAUUAAGGAUUAUUAAUUAUAUGCAAAAUUCACUUCCGACCUUGUAACAGAAUUUGAACGCGAAAUUCACUUAGUAUUUGUUUUUUAAAAUUCCUGUGAUUUUGCUGGGGCUAGCCUCAGGUACAUGCUGAAGAAUGCAAAUCUCUUUUGUCUUUAUGUCUCCUUUGCAGGAGCGUACAUACGGCUGUGCGUACAGCUGAAAUCCGAAAAAAAUUAUUUAAUUCUUGAAAGCAUUUCUAUGAUCAAUAAUCGGGAUUACUCAAUAAAGAUUAUUAUUAUUAUUAUUAUAACACUAGGCCAAACGUCGAACUUUUCAUGACACGAACCAAACGGUAAUUUGGGUCGACCUAAAUUAAAUUAAGAUCGUCUGUCGGGUCAGACGUCGAACUUUACUAGGACGCGUCGAACCAAUAAACUGAAUCAGACCAAAGAAGUAAUCUAAUAAAUUUUCCUUUGUCCGGCGACGAUCUUUACACGUUCUAUCGGCUCUGAUUCAAGCAGAAGAAUGUUGUUACCUGUUCCACAGGUAAUUUGUCUCGAGUUAUUUUUAGAAUCGGGAUAAAGUUAACUAGCGCGCUGCGUAGAUUUUUCGUGGAGGUUUCGCAUGACUAAACGCCGUGCAAAAAAUGUCGGGCGAAAGGCAAUGAACGCGUAAGGAGAUCGAGAGCAUUCCUGAAUAUCGACGCGAAAUGAGUCGGCGCUCGCCUGGGAAAAGGGAAUCGCUGAACUCUUUGACAACCCGUGAAAUCAGUUUAACUCGAAGUUGUCCUAACCUCAGUGCUUUAAUAACAUGAGAAAUUUCGCCGGUCUGUUGAAACCGGUCGUUUGUACAAUAAAGCAAGUAGGACGCCAAGUGUUAUUUUUGUUGAAUAAUAAAAGACUAAUAAAAGAAUAAAUAUCAAACCAGAAAUUGCUCUCUUCAAACUGUAAAUUAUAAAUGAUCCUGAGAGAAUACUCAGUGUGUUAAGGAUUUCCCUGCUAUACUGUUAACUCUAUACAAGAGAAGAAGGGCGAUUCUUUUUUUAAUUUCCAUUUCGCUGACACAAAAAUCUCGCUGUAGUCGUUUUUGUCGACAAAACGAAUAGCAAUAUUGCUCUCCGCGUCUUCCGCCAUUUUGUUUUUCGUCAAUUCGUUCAAUGUGUUCCGCGUGGGUCAUCCACGUGGAACACAUUCGCGCUAUGUGAUUGGCUGUUGUCUAUUCCCCCUUGGGAUCUGCGGUCUUAAAAAUAACUCGAGACGAAUUACCUGUGGAAUAGGGUGUGUAUGGGGGAUGCCUUCUCUGUCCCCUUUAUCCUUUCUUGUCCAAACUCAUUCAGACGAACUUAACUCUGAGCCAGACGUCGUACUUUUCAUGAACUUAACUCUAUAAGUUUGGUUCGUCUCAUGAAAAGUUCGUCGUUUGGCCUAGGCCUUACAGUGGGGUGAAAAACAAACAUACAAAAGUUGUACCCUCUCCCUGCCCCUUCACAGUGUCAGUCUCAUCAUUUCUCUUUGUAUUUUUUUUACUGAAAAUGUCCUGCAAGGAAAUGGCAUGUUUGAAAUUAUUGAUUUAAAUAUUUUCGGGGGGACUAAUUGCCCCCAGACCCCCUAGUUUAAUAGAGCGUCUUUGGCUCUCUAACUUUCUUCCCGUGCGUACACAAAAUCUCACGUUUCGACCCUGCUUUGCAGUUGGGUUUCGAUAAAUUUUUGUUAGGAUAACAGGGGAUUAUCCGUGACGAUCCAGAUCAGUGGUGAUUUUUUAUCGCAAUGGAGUUACGAUAUUUAUUUACUGGUAAUACGACCAUUUACGACAUCUCAAACAGAUAAACAUACGCCUCGUUCACUGUCUUGCUUAAGCCUACUCAAGCCAAAGAUGGGCUACGAGGUCGUCCAAGAGAGAACUCUUGAACUAUAAUAUCAUUUUAUACUUUACGCGCAUAGGUAUUGAUGUCAAUUCCACCACCAUUUCCCAAAAUGUAGCCUACUGAUGUCAGUUAUGUUACUGUUUUAUAGGAUUACAAGGGACGUAAACCCAGGAUUAGCGAAUUUUAGAAAUCUUGAAGAUCAGCAGUUUCUUUUGGGAGCAAUCGGUGGUUUAAGCGGUAAGCAAGAGUAGAUGCUGAACUCACAUUUGGUCACUAUUUGGGGGCGCUAUUUCAGACUUCCUGAAAAAAAGAAACAGUAUCCUACAGCCAAGAUCAUAUUUGCGUUACUGCACAGUCCUUAUGCUUUCAGUUGGGUUUAGUACAGAGUUAAAGAUUAAACAAUAAGAGCAGUAUCAUUUAUGACAUUUAUUAGUAAUUAUCAUUAUCAUAUUAAUCAGAAAAAUAUUAAAGUUGAUCAGAAUGACAAUGGAAAUAAUAAUGGUACUGUUAAUGGAAAUGGACAAGGUGUGGUAAAUUAUGCCGAAAUGACGAUACAUUACGAUAUAUGGAUUUACAUGAGCUUUUACGUUAUAGCAUCAGGUGCUACAAUCGAGCUUCAUUCAGCGCGACGUGCUUCAAGUUCUAGAAUCAACGUCCGGACAGGUGAAGUGGGGAGUGGAGCAACAGUUAUGCCGACAAGUUCCUCGUCGACGGUACGAUUAACAUGUACUUUAUUUGUCUACCAUACCAAAUGAGUAAACAACAACGAUGAAAAUUAUUGUAGUAAAAAUAGUUCCCCUCUCCCCCCUCCCCUUCCACGGGUACAAUUGUAUCAGUACAAACCUGCUCAUCCCAACUCUCCUUCAACUCAUUCUCAUAGAAUAAAGAGAGAAAGAAAUAGCUUCAGUAUAGUUUGGUUGUUAUUUCAUAUUAUAGCAAGUAUAUAGAGCAAAUGAGAAUAGAAAGAAGCAUGUAAGAUUUUGAAUAUGUUAAAGGUGGCCAAGAUGCCUGUUGACGUCGCGGGUUUUAUAUGCCAUGCGGCUUCCUAUUCUGCCAGUAAGACAAAAACAGUACUUUCAAACUAAGACAUAAACUUUGAAACACGCGUUAUUUGGAAUCUGUCCCUUUUCAGGAGGCCCCUACUAUGCAGCAAGGAAGUUUUAGGUUUCCAGAUAAUUGCCCUGAUGCAGAUUGUGAUUUUCUUGUGACGUACCAAGCUUCUGGUGAUAACAGUGUGGUUUUCGAACUGAGAGGCAGAGGAAACUGGGCAGGAGUGGGAUUUAGUGAAGAUAAUCAGAUGGUAAGUAACCAGACUGUAGAAUGGUGUGGUAGAAAAGUAAUUGCAUUCACACGCAAAUUUAGCUGUUAUUAAAAUGCUCUCCAAGAGCCGGUCUUAAUUUAGUGGAGGCUUCCGGCCAACUUUUAGUUAUUUAGCUUCUUUGCAGUUAAAGGCUAGGCUUAUUCACCAUCCUCUCCGUUACGAUGAGCAAAAAUCUAGGAAAAUUCGUUAGCUGUUUGAAAAGAUCAAAAUGAAUUUCCAUUGUUGCAAAGUGAUACACAAUUCCAAUGGCAUUUAGUGCUUAGGAAUUCUUUUCACGGUGAAAAGUUUUUCAACACUGACGGCUAGAGUCCAUCUGGGCUCCCUGUAACGGUUAAGAUUUUCCAACCACUAAACUUUUGGCCGUUUUUUUCCUUACCUGAAUUUUAUCUCAUUGUCCACAGCCUGAUACCGACAUACUUAUUUGCGCCAGCGAUACGUCACUAAGUGGCCAUUAUUACGCAACAGGUAGAUCAGAACCAGCCAGGACAGAUCCGGUAAGUCAAUCGCUGUUUUUCAUUGACGUCAGACGAUACGAUCUCCUGAACGUUGCUAAACAUUAUCCCUUGCCUGUAUUUAGUUUUCAUCAUAUUUUUUUAGCAUGUGGUUUCCCCAAGGUAGUGCGGCCGCCUUCUUUGUUUCUCUUUGAUUCCAAAGUUCAUCACCAUUAUCGUUUUUAUCUAACCACAAGCACGCGCGAAAUUUUGAUUUUCAUGUUUUAGAGAUUUUAACCCACUCAGUAGUAACAACUGCAUAUUUUUAUACAGUCUUAUCACCCAAGUAAAAUAAAGCAAUCAAUGCCUCGUUUGACAGGACGUUUUGUUUUAAAAUUUUAAAAAAAGGUGACCAAGAUACAUGAUAUAAAGAAAAAAUGAAGCCAAUCAAGCAAUUUAACGAGGUACCGCGUUGAAUCAUCAGAUCAACUCACACUUGCCAAACUUUUUAUUAUUUUUCUAAUUUUUGAUAGACUCCACUCGCUGUGGAAAUCGCUGAACAAUCAUUUAAUGGUGGCGUGGUGUCUUGCAGGUAACUUAUCAUCACCAUAGUUAUCAUUAUCAUAGACCUCAUUAUCAAUGAAAUCAUCAUUAUAACAUGUUGUCAUGAUUAUCGUAUUCUCAAAACUAUUGUACCAUAUGAUGCAAUUAUGCAUAUCAGUGAAGGGUAUAGAGGACUGUUAGAUUAAGGGAUUAUUCAUUAUAUGCAAAAUUCACUUCACAUUUUAACACAAUUUGAACAUGUAAUUUAUUUAGUACUUGUUUUUAAAACUCCUGUCAUUUUUCUGCGAUUAACGUAUUUCCUUAUUCUUUUACUAUUCCAUAAACGGACGGCAAGAAACCCUAACCGGCCCUAAGCCAAACGUCGAACUUUUGAUGAGACGAACCAAACUCUAAUUUGGGUCGACCUAAAUUAAGUUAAGAUCGUCUGUUGGGUCAGACGUCAAACUUAGGAUGCGUCAAACCAAUCAACUGAAUCAGACCAAAAAGCAGUCUAAUAAAUUUUCUUUUGUCCCGGCGACGAUCUUUACACGUUCUAUCGGUUUGAUUCAAGCAGAAGAAUGUUGAACGAUCCAAACCCAUUUAGACGAACUUAACCGAGCCAGACGUCCAACUUUCAGUCAUGAACUUAACUCUGUAAGUUUGGUUCGUCUCAUGAAAAGUUCGACGUUUGGCCUAGGCCUUGCAUUGGGGUCAAAAACAACGUAAAAUUGUAGCCUCUCCCUGCCCCCUCAGAGUGUCAGCCUCAUCAUUUUUCUUCGUAUCUAUUUACUGAAAAUGUCCUGCAAAACGCUGGAAAUGGCAUUUUUGAAACCAUUGGUUUAAAUAUUUUCGGGGGGACUACUUGCCGCCAGCCCCCUAGUUUGGAGCGUCUGGGGCUCUCUAACUUUCUUCCCGUACGUACACAAAAUCUCACGUUUCGACCCUGCUUUGCAGCUGGGUUUCUCGAUAAGUUUUUGUUUGGAUAACAGGAGAUUAUCCGUGACCAUCCAGAUCAGUGGUGAUCUUUUUAUCGCAAUGGAGUUACGAUAUUACUGGUAAUACGACCACUUACGACACCUCAAACAGAAAAACAUACUUCUCGUUCACUGUCUUGCUUAAGCCUACUCAAGCCAAAGGUGGGCUACGAGGUCAUCUAAGAGGGAAUUCUUUGACUAUCUACUCAUCUAAUCAAACUAUUUUAAAUUUUACUUGCAUAGAUACGUAAGUCAAUCCUACAAAUAUUCCCCAAAAUGUAGCCUAGUGAUGUUGCAGUUGUAGUGAUGUUGCAGAUGUUCCAUUAUAGAAUUACAAGGCAAGUAAACCCCGCGGGAUUAGAGACUUUUAGAAAUCUAGAAGAGCAGCAGUUUCUUUUGGGAGCAAUCGGUGGUUUAAGCGGUAAGCACAUAUCUGAUACGUUAAUUAGCAAAUUUAAAUUUCCAAAUUACGAGGUUAAUCAAUGGAAUACAUUUUAACUUGUCUUGCAUUAUUCUGGAGCGCAGCAUUUUUAUUAGGGACAAAUUUCACUUUCGGCUUGCUUGAUUCACUGAGUAACUUCUCUUGGAACUUGCCUCGCAUGUCGCCAAACAAUUUUGAUCAAUUAUAGGACAAAAGGAAUAAUGCUCGUACAACGACUUGUAGAUUAUAAUUGUUGCCGUAUGGAUAAGAUAUAAUGGAACAGGAUGUAAUGUUUUUCAGGGCUCUCAUAUCUUGUAAGCUUGGGCUACUUGGUUUCAAGCUAUUUGUCUUGGUCAAUGGAACCAAUUAUUGGGCACACUGACAUCUAGCUGCUGAGGACUUUCAGUGCUAAACCCCUUUUUGGUUGUCUUAGACAUAGUUGACAGUGGUACUUCAGAUUUACAAGAGCUUCUGUCUGUUUAACAGGUGCCACAAUCGGGAUUCAUAGCGCUAGACGAGCGUCGGCUUCUAGAAUAGAUGUAAGGUCAGGUGCAAAUGCUGCUGGAAAUGACGCUAUAGAGGCAAUGGUCCUUGCUCACGGUAUGCUAAUGACCAUGGUUGACUGAAAAGCCAAUCAUGUGGUUUUAAAUAUUAACUACGAGUCACAGGGCUAAUAGGGAUUUUAAGCAAAUCGGUCGGUGGCGUAAUCGCUGCUACAUGAGUAUAAAAUUCGACUUUCCCCCUACCAUUUAGAUCACUGGUUUUAAAACCUAUCAAAGAUCGUUUUUCACUUUAUCAAGAAAGUUUCUGAAGCUUCUGGUUUUCCAGUAAUUACAUCCUCCCCGUGUGUAAUUAACAGCGACAACAGGGGAGGUUGGACAGCAGAUCGCAAAGGAUCAUGGGACGAAUUAUUAAGUAGCUCAGUUACAACGAAACCGUCGAGCUAGACGGACCACCGUGAUGCACGCCUUUUUGCCGAUUUUAGCCAUAAUUGUGCUAGAAUUCUGAAUAUUUUCGCACAAAAAGUUUAUCGUAUCAAAGAUGUUAUGAAUUCCUCACGGCUAAGCUGUUGAGAUGCCUUUAAAACAAGUCAUUUGACGUCGUCGAAAGUUAGUCGGUUUGUGGCUUGCAAACAAAGCGAGCUGUGUCAACUAAGUGCGUUCACCUUUCUAGACAGCGAAGGUUAUUGCGAAUACACAUUCAACUGACCGCUUAAGAAUUCGAAUGAUGGUUAGCCAGGACUUGAAAAUCUGUGGUAUGCCUACUCGCUGCAAAAAAAACCUGUUAAAAUAUAUAAAUACCCUGGAGAGUAACAGAUCUGAUUAAUUUUCAACGUCUUUGAAUAAGAAAUCUGGAAGAAUAGAAAAACUAAAAGUCAAAUAACUUUGCUACAAAAAAUAUCAGUCAGGCAUGUAGUCAAAGAUUAGUUUCAUAAUUAUGUACUUUAUGAUACAUGUAGGACAACAACCGCUUUGAUUCUUUUACUACAUUUAUAAGCUGGCAUUUUUUAUUCUCCUUCUGAACAGUUUAACUUCAUAAAAGGUAAUAAUAUGCACGGUAUGUUUACCAAAUCUUAGAAACAAUUAUUGUAUCAAGCAAUAAUGAGUUAUCUAUUGUUCAGGAUGUAUCUCUUUGGCCUUGUGCUUGUAAAUCUAGAAAGAAAAGAAAUCACAAGAAAAACUUGAUUAGGAAUUUCCUCCAGCGUCCCAAACAAAAUUAAAAAUCAAAUAGAGUGUACUUGCACACUAGCUCAAUGUUAUUACUGUAGCCUUACACACUACAGAUUUAUAGGCAAAAUCAAACGUGGCCAAAUAUGCUCCCAAAACUGAAGAGAGCUCAUAUGAACCCCAUUUGAGCGAUGACACUCAACUUAAUCUACGUGAGAAAACGAUAAACUGUACUCACUAUUACCAAAACUAAAAUGACGAAGACUGAUUGUGACGAUUUACGAUGAGAAUGUUUCCCCACGUGAGGCCGACUGAAGUGUGAUUCAAGUGUCACACAUCGCAUCAUUACCUCUGCACAUAACAUGCUUUAAAUGGAAAAUAACUCGAAAACGGUAGGAGGGGGGGGGGGGGGGGGGAGAGAAGGAGGGGCUCGACCGUACAAACUGGAAGAUCAAUAUUUUUUCUUAAAAGUUUUGUGAAAAGUAGACCAAUAGAGGCAUGGAGAAGCGAAAGAUUCGCACUUCAAAUUGUAUCACUCAAACCACUCAAGAUGAGCAGCGGCUGAGCCAUUUUGGAAUGUUGAGCAUAGCUCGAUGAAAAAAAAAAAAACAAAUCCACUCACCUUAAAGAUUUUCGCAUCGAUACAGUCAAGAGGGCUAAGCUAAAACAGCAGAAGAAUUUCUUCACGAAUCGAUGACGGAAAAAGAGGGAAAAAAAACGAAAUUAUUGAGGCGAACUAUGCUUGGAAUAUUCAUCUCACGAUCUACAGCAAGAUGGCUUUUCUCAAUCGUGAUUGGUCGAAAUUGCUCCCGUGAAUCUUUGCAAACUGCUCUCCAACCUCUUCUGCAGCGACAACAAAUAAGUGUGAAACCCCGUGGUCACUGUUUGGACGCCGCGCUACGGUGCUAAUAAACUCGAUUUAUUUUGACAUAAACUCUAAAGUAUAUAGUCACGGAAAAAGCAACGGAACUGAAUGUGAUAUACCACACUAUACACACACCGUGGCUUUUUUUAAUCAUGGUGGCGAGCUGUGCAUCCGGAGUAUUCAAUCGAUAAAAAUCGGUAUCGAUGUAUCAAUCGAUAAAUUCGAUUUGAUUGACAUCGAUUGUAUCGAUCAAUCAGUAGAAAUCGAUGACACACUCGCUUCGUUCAUCGAUUAAUAUAUAGAUUUAGCCAGGGCUAAAAGCGAAGCUCCAAUUAAUAAAUUUAUAAUUUAAAUCAAAAAAUAAACUUUUAAUCCACAAAUCAUUUAACUUAAGGGCACAUUCAUGUGACUUUUGAGGGAAAGGCUAAGUUAUUUUAGAGUGAAACAUCUUACAUCGAAUUGAUAACCUUAUAUGUACACCCAAAAAAUAGCAAACAUCUUCGAUCACAUUCAAGAUCACAGUAGAUUAGGCCUCGAAAACAAAUUCUUGGAAAACAAAUCACGCCGAAUUUUUUUGCGUUCGACAGGUUUACUCUACAAAUUCUUGCCAACAAAUCUGGGGGUGUUUAAACCAACCUUUUAUAAUUUUUAUACAUCACAUUUGAGGUGAAACAGUACUAUUUAUCAUACAGACCUCGGACAGAAUGCAGUAUUUCACAAUUUUUCAAGACAAAUUGCACUCAGUCAAUAUUCAGGACGAUCAAUUGUAAAGCGAAACCGUUUAAAAAUUUCCAAAAUCACCCAUAUGGCCAGCCGGUUCUCGUUUCUAUAGUGCGAGCUGUCAGUGUGGUCGAGUGUUUGAAUGAACUUUAAUAGAGUUAAGCUUCAACAUAAUAGCGAAUUUAUUAUUUUUUUUUUGUUAUUUAAUGGUUUCAGUUAUAACGAUGUGUAAUCUUAUAAAGCGUUUGAUACGCGCGACAUUUUUGAGUACCCCUGCAAGCGAUGUUCAUGAACGAUGAAAACAAACGGCACAGACAAGCGAUUAAAAUUGCAAGAGAGACUACUAACAAUCAAAAAAAGAAAUAUAAUUCGGUGAAACAUUUACAGAGAUAACAAUUUUCAUUCAUGAAGACAAGUAUUAAAGUGUCUCUAAAAAUCCUGAGUCUCGGCAUGAAGCUUUAUAAGCCGGCUUCUCGGCGCGGGUGUUUACUGUUUUCCAAGGUGAACUCCUCGAAGCAAGAAAAUCGCUCAAAGUUUUCUUUCUACAGCCAAAUUUAUAACUAAAUAUAAAACGUUUUCUUUCUAUCUGUGGUGAGCAAAUAUAUCUGAAGGCUUUUUAAAGUUCAGAAAGCUUAUAUCAAACGGUUCAAACCUGAUACUAGGUCAGAUCAUUGACUCAAACUACGGCUACAAACGUGCAUAAACUGUCAGUGUGAAUGUGCAAGACUUCAUGAAAUUAGAUAUAACAAAAACAAACAUCAAAUACAAUAGUUACUCAGGCUUACCAUUCGAGAUUCAGUUCCUGAAAGCUAUCAAGGAAGGCCACAGUUGCUUGAGACUUUUAACCCCUCAAACGCAUUAAGCAAUGUGAAAAACGAAAACGAUGCCAUCCGAAAUCGAAUUACCAAAUUUUGACAAGCGACGCGUUCCUCAACCAAAAACCCAGUAAACAAACCAGCCAUGAAUAACAGAAGACUCUUGAUAGCAGCUGUAUUUCAUUUUGUACAUCCAGAACAAAAAGACAGUUAAAAACAUCACACGUUGACACAAAACUCUUCAGCUUCAGCUGUCAAAGUAAACAAUUUUCAAGAUGCUGCAUAAUUUUUUCGCAUGAACUCACCUGUCAAAUUUUGACCAAUCAGAGUAUAAAAAUUGGACGUAGAGCGUGACCAACGCGUGACCAUGGUAAGAUAAGGUCUUCCCCGCCUAUACUUUUUAAAAAAACUGGCUGAAUUUUCAUUUCCAAAGUCAGUUUGAAGUCAAAAUUCUAAUAGUGCGGGGCCAUAGUGACAUAAACACAACAUAUUUGAUAUGAAUCCUUGGAGAAAAUAAACUUGAGCCUGCGAUCAUUCCAAACUGGUAAUUUGUCAGCGGAUAACUUCAAAAAAAUACUCGACCUCGAUGGGUCGACACUUGAGCCCGCGCUACAGUCAGGUGAUACUGGUCAGCGGAUGCCCUGUUUUGACAGCUGUCAAUUGAUCACAACAUCGAUGUGAAAUUGGUUUUCUCUUGGGCUCCCAAACUAGCUAAAAUGUGAGAGUAAACAUUGGUUGUCCUGUGGUGCGGACGGACGGUCGGUCGGCGGUCGGCGGUCGGCGGUCGGUGUACGGUCACGUGAUUACCAAAUUUUCUGGGAUGGGCAGAUUUACUUAGCAAUGGUGCUCCGCCCACGCGCGCGCGUGGAGCUCCGCUAAUAUCUUGAUUUUUACCGAUCUCAUCGAUUUAUAUCGUAAGAUACAUCUGUUCAUCAAAAAAUGAAAACUGAAUUCAUGCAAACAGUAAAUUUAUUGACUUUUGAGUUGAAAGAGAAAGGAUCAAACAUUUAUCACUAUUUAAAGAAACCUUUAAAACAAUCUUAUCUUUUCUUUAAACAUAUUGGCUAGGUUUGUAAGGGGCCGAUCUGCCACCCUUUCCAAAUAACGUCGUUGUAGUUCCAGGUGUAAUCCUUCAUGAAGGACGUGGUAGAUAACGGCCUCCGAGACACCGAGGCAUUAAGUGGUUUUAGCAGUCCGGUUAUCUGGUGUUAUAUUAUUAUUUUGGUUAUUUGGUCGUCAGCAUCUGGCGUCAUUAAUGGAAAGAUAGUAAAGGUACAGUAAACACCCGUAUAUAAGAACAAAUGGAUUAAGAACACCAUGCUGAAGUUUGGCCAAUAAAGCCCCAUUUUCACAAGAACAAGAUCAGACUGAAAAUUGUAACAUGCUGUUAUGAAAUGGAAAAAGUGUCGUAAUUACAGAACAUGUAAGUUUAUGUUUGCUGUCAGAUAACUUUAUUUGUUGAUAUAAUCAAAUUACAGAAUAAUUGUUUAUUUUGUUUUCCUAAAAUAUGCUAAAUACAGGGUGUCCCAAAAGUUCCUUCCUCUGCUUUAUAAGUCUGUAUUCCAGUACGAUUGGACUUGGUAAGCAAAUCAUUUCAACAGAAGGUGUGCCUUUCAAUAUAAUUCACUAUUUUUAUACUUCUCGUGCCAUCUUUUGACUCGAAUAUUCGAUUUGUGUACUUCCGCGCAAAAGGUGCGCGUGCGCGAGUAUAUUUUCCAGCCACAUAUUUUUUGUAUUUCAUAGCCCGAACUGCUCUAACUCCUUCCUUGUUUCUUGUGAAUAUCACGAAAGAUAAACCCCUUAACACAAAAGCGUUCAGCUGCGUGAGACCAUAAGCCUGUAUACUUCGAUUUACUGGCUUAUCUGUUGCAGAAAUUUCUAAAAAACCGGAAAAAUCCGAAUGUUGGGUGGUAGAAUGAUCAUGGAGAAAUGAAGGUUAUGAAGGCAAGGAACUGAGGGGAAGACCAAAAGCCCAUAAUAAGGCAGCUAAAAUAGUUUUAAAGAAGGCUAGAUGCAAAUAGGAGACUCGGCAAGGAAGCUCAGUCUCACAUAGUUAGCAAGCCAAAUAAAAGGGUCAUGAAAAGCUGUUUAAAGGCCCCUGAGAUGGCAAAAAAACCUCUGCUUAGUCUGUCAAUUAACGCCCAGCUCGUUUCAAAUUUGUAAAGAAGUACAAAAGCCUUGCUGUGGAAGGAGGCCGGGAUGAUUAUCUUUUUUGGAUGAAUGCCCAAAAUAUAUUUUUUUCAGCUGCCUAAACUAAACAAAUUUUGUUUGGAGGUUGAACUGGAUCCUGCGCACCAGGUGAUAAAAAAGCUCGAAAUGGAUCAUUUGUGGGUCAAUACGCUGUAUCCCACUUCAUGCCGCAACGGCUACAGAAUGUGAUAAAAAAAAAACAAAAAGGGCAUGCCAGUUACUGAAAUUCUGAAUACAUGUACUUGAUAGAGAAAUAAACAUCUUCUAGAAAUUUCAUGUAAAAAUAAAGUUUUGAUCAAAAGUUACAGUGCAUGAAAUUAAAGGAACGAACUUUUGGGACAACCUGUAUACCUCUAGCAACAAGUUUUUGCAUAGUAUCACUAAAUAAAAAAUCAAGAACAUUUUAAUUUUAAGACCAUUUUGAGGCUGAUUUGUCUUAUAUGUGGUUGUUUACUGUUUUCUAAAUUUCAUUAACGCAGGCUGGUUAUGAAGAAUUUGCCAGGUAAUUAAGAUCCAUCAGAAACGGAGAUUCGCAGUCCGCGCAUUAAAAUAAUGGCUUAAGAGAACCAAAAUAGCAUGACUUAUAAAUUGACCAAUAGAGUUCAGCCAGAUUUCAAAACAUUGCUAAAAUUUUCUUCAUAUUUUUUUACUUGUGUUUACACAAUGCAAUUAGGUAUUCUGAUGACCCUUGCUUGGCUUCUCUUUGCUUUUGUUGGUUUAUUUACGGCAAGAUACAUGCGUCAAGUUUGGGAACCAACAAAACUGCUAGGAGAAAAAGCUUGGUUUACGGUUAGUAAUUAUGGAAAAGAUAAUAACACUCAGAGUCUGACUUUAACAUCUGAUCUAGACUGGCACAUUAGAAACGCCUGAAAUUUAAUUACAAAUUAAUUAUAUUUUGAUUCUUCUUCUUGUUUUUAUUCUGUUCAGAAGGGAAAGUUCUAUUCAGUGGAACUUUUUACGCUACAUUUAAACACACGACACAAACAACAGUGUUUAUGUUUUACUGGUAAAACUUUAGCACGUCCAGUUUGAGUGUUUUCGGCAGCUUUAUAAACGUCCCCGGAGUAUUCCACAGGAAUGCCAAAAAAGCUAUUUCGAUUCUUUUUAUAAAACGUGUUGAUUGAAAAAUGUGGGAAAAAAGUAGCCAGAAUAACUAAGGCUGUUGAGAUAUAGUUAAGCGAAAAAGGGCCUGUUUACACGGAGGUGGGGGACCCCAGGUAGGUGUGGUAACCUACUUGGGUGGGGAACCUACUUGGGGUCCCCCACCUCCAUGUGAAGAGGCCCUAAUAGCCUCUCGCUAUAGAAAAGAAAUAAAUUGUAUUGUUGGUUUUCAAUGGCACGCCAUCAAAAAUGUGGACGGGGCGUUAAUUUGGUCUUAUUUCCCGCAUAACAAUGAUAUGCAGCAACUGUAUUUGUUUGGUUCGUUUUAUUCGACAGGUUCAUCGAACGCUGAUGAUUAUAACGUUGCUACUGACGAUCACUGGAACCAUUGUGAUUUUUGUUUUUAUAGAUGGGUAUUCAUCGGUAAGUUUUUUCGUUAUCGCUCUGGGCAUAAAGAGAUUCAUGAAGCCUUCAUAUGUACUACUAAUACUACUACUACUGCUACUACUACAACAACAACAACUACUACUACUACUACUACUACUACUACUACUACUACUACUACUACUACUACUACUACCACUACCACUACCACUACCACUACCACUACCACUACCACUACCACUACCACUACCACUUCCACUACCACUACCACUACCACUACCACUACCACUACCACUACCACUACCACUACUGCUACUGCUAUUGCUGCUGCUCCUCCUCCUCGUCAUCGUCGUCCUCCUCCUCCUCGAAUAUUUAUCCAGGAUAACCCUCAGUACAAAGAGCUGUUAUCAACGGGGACCUGCUGACUAAGAGUUGAAACUAAUAAAUAAGAGUUACUAAUUAAAAAUAAUCAUGUAAAAUAAAAUACAUAAAACAAAGCAAACAGGCAAUAAGGUAAAGCACCGUUCGAGACAACAAUAGAAAUUACAAGUAAUAAUCGUCCUGGGUUUUCCUAAAUAAAACUCUAGAAUUAAUGAGUCUUCAACUUGAAAGCAAGGAAAAUACGGAAAAUAUAAAAACUACGGCCUGUAAAAUCGUGUUCAGUGACCUUUCGCAGUUUUGCUGUUUUACCAUUGUUUUUAAAGUGUUUAAAGCGUUACGAUGUGAUCGUUGACAAUGAUUUUUAAAUGGAAAACAUGCAGUACCAUUAAGACAGUCAAAUACAAAAUAGCAUGCUGUCUUUUGUAAAACCUUGUCAAUUAUUAAAAAUCGAAGACCACAGUUCUACGGACUGAAUUUCGGGUAAAUGAUUUCGAGACUUUGUUUCCCAAUGGAGGGGAUCACGCGUUUUCGGGACUCUGGCCAUGCAAGAUUAUUAUAGCCGCAGUACGUAAAUAUUGGCAUAAUCAUCGAUUGGUAAAUUCUGUGGGCACUAAAAGUAACAAUGCUGGAACGGAUGCGCCUUUUAUGGGGAUUACUCUUCCUUCUGGCUUCUUGUAAAAUUUUGUUAAAAUGCAUUUCAUAGUUAAGUGUCCGGAUCCAGAUGCACGCCGAGGUACUUGCAAUUGUAACAUUCAGUGCUGUUGAUAGGAGAACCCCUGACUGAGAGCUUGACUUACCAGAACCAAACAGCAUCACCUCAGAUUAAAGAUGAGUUCAUUAUCACAAAACCAAUUAGAGAGAUUAUCCAAGUCCUGGGAAAGGUUGCCUUGAAUCGCAUCGAUAUCACUCUGACUAGAGGAUGAAAAGAUCACUGUGUCAUUGGCUUAGGUGAUAAUCUUACAAUGACGAAGGGGAAUAUGCACAUCAUUAAACAUGAUGAGAUAAAAGGAGAGGCCCCAGAAUUGUUCCUUUAGGAACUCCGGUGCAAACUAUAUUUGGUUCAGGAAGCACACCAUUAAAUCGAACGAUCUGCUUGCGAAGGAAUAAAUAAUCAAUCAUUCAUUGUAGUUCCAUAAUACGCCAUAACGGGACAGAGAACGGAAUGACGGAAUACCUAUAUCAAUACAUGUGCUAAAUUUAAGUUAUAAUUCAUUAGUAAAAUAUAGAAGGGAAUAAAAUCUAACAAAAUUUGAUUAAAACGCCGAAUUAUUAUUUUGGAAAAAAAUAUAAAAAACAGACUUUUUAGAGUAAACAUUUGUUGAUUAAUCGGUUUCUCCUUGUGUUUUAACUCAUCACCUGGUUUAUUAACGUAACAUCCACAGCUUCGGAGCUUUCCAGACUAGAAUAGAUGCCAAAUAAAUGCUAUAAAAAAUAAAUGAGAAACAGGUUUCCUACUCCUGUCUACUGACAAUGAGAUCGCUUUCGAAUGCUCUCUAAGGAUAAAAGGACUGGCUACUACAAUAUUUAUUAACUGCUUAUCUCAGUUAAUUCGCACUUAAAAUUUUUAAGUAAAACGUGUGAUGUUUACUAGCGACCAUGGGUUUAACAAGCAUCACAUGACUUAAUAGGGGUCAUCAAUUUACAGUGAAUGCUUGCGCUGGCGUAGCCUUGACGAGAAUGCGUCUGACAUUUCGCGACGCCACCAAGAUUCCGCCGCAAAAUGAAACCAAGUGUUGGCUCUCGGGUUAGUUUUACAGUGCCUUCGCAUCUUGUUUGGUAAUAUACCGACAAAGAACCUAUUGGCGAAGUUACUGUCGCGAAGGAGGUUUGAAAAUCAGAUCUGAGCUUGAAAUUUCUCUAAGAAUAUCCCACAUUAUAUCAAACGCUUGAAUUGUUUAAUCUGAUAUUCAGACAUUACGAAAGCUUCAGGUGCACUUUUUAACGGUUAUACCCUUCAAAUGCAUGCAUCAGUGUCUUUUUUGGACCCACAUAAAGAUGUUCCCUUGCGGGUAUAAACACCAAUCUCUGAUUCGAUAUUUCUUCAGGCUGAUGAAAAUUUUUUGAUACCAUCAUUUCCUCCCUUUUAUAACAGAGUGCACAACCGCAUCCAUCUCUUGGUAUCGUUACAAUCGCGUUAGCGCUUAUUCAGCCGAUCAUGGCGGCAUUCAGACCACACCCUGGAGAACCCAAGUAAGAUUAAACUCUUUAUACAGCUACGAUAAGAGAUUAGUGUCGAAGUUAAUAACGCUUUAUUAAAACUGAGGGGAUUGAAGCCAUGAGCAAGAGACUACUGGCACCGUACAAACGACUUAUUGAGCUGCUCAAGGUCCCUGAAAACCGACAGCCACAGAAUAAAUGGACCACCGAUAAUUGUCAUUUGAAGUCAAUCUUUUUAUUUUCCUCCAGUCGCCAUGUCGCCAUGUCACGCAUAUGGCAAAACAUCUUUCUCAUGAUCUUAUGAUAAUAAUUACAAUAAUAAUUGUUAUUAUUAUUAUUAUUGUUAUUAUUAUCAUUAUUACUAUUUUAAAGGAAAUAAAGGGAGAUGUAAAGAAUCAACCAUAAAUGGACACAGAAAAAAUCUGAGCCCCAGACGGGAUUCGAACCCACGACCCUCCGUGUUCUAGAUCGGAUGCUCUAACCUCUGAGCUACUGACGACUCGUUGGCGAGCAAGGGUCAUUUUUGUGGGUUGGACUUGCGAACCGCAUCUCGCAGUCACACAGUCCAUCACAAGCAACCUAUUUAGGCUUAACUGUAUCACACAGUCACAUUAAUAGUAAGAAAUGCCUCACCCACGAAGGAGCCUCCAACCAACCAACCUAUGCCAACGCCAGCCUAUGCCACUGCCACUGCCACUGCGUCCUCUUAUGGUUGAUUCUUUACAUAUCCCUUUAUUUCCUUUCCAAUAUUAAUAUCAGUGGCAUAGGUUGCUUUAUUAUUAUUUUAGUGUGAAAUUUCAUAGUGUGUCAGCAACGAAAGCAUGGACGAAUGGUAAUAAAUGAACCAAAAUAUCUUGUAUCCACUUAUUUAAUGCAUAUUCUCGAACCCAUGCAUGCAAUUCCCCAGCCAUGACUAACACAGAAGUCAGCCAUAGAAUAAAUUAUCUUGGUUAUAUAAUUUUGCAGUUAUAUUCUGUAAUUAAGCAGUUACAAUUUAAUGCGAGCUCCGCUUUUAGGCCUCUCUAAAUAACCACAAUGCACAGUUAACUCUUUCUUAUCCAACUGGAAUACCCAUACCAGGAAUGCAGUUGAUUAUACAUGAAGCACAUGUAGCUUCUUGUAAUAUCACUGAAAGAUUAUCUUCAGUUCUCACUCCAUAACAGAAGCUCUUUAUUUUUAUAGGCGCGAAAUUUUCAACUGGUGUCACAGAAUUGUCGGCAUUGGUGCUCUUGUUAUGGCAAGUAAGUGUUUUAAAGAGUAUAAAAUUUAUUAUUAUUAUUAUUAUUUUUGUUAUUGUAUAACUUGUAAUAAAUCCAGAGACGCAACUUAUGCAUCUGCUUAAAGAAAGCCUGAAAAGAUUCAGGGUUGCCGGAGUGCCGGUAUUCUGCGGAGAUAGCAGUGCCGUGCUUUAGCCAAUUGAGCUAGCAAGCCAACCGGGAACUGAACAUAAUUAUUAUAUUGUUCUUUUAUGAAGCUGACAUUUCGAAAUUCCAAUCCGAUCAGGGAUUUGGGGCAGCCGGCGCCCACUCAAACCUAGUGACCAUUCUUAUUUUUUGAAUUCUAGAGAUGUACGGGAAUAUCCUGUGAUAUCACAGUCAAAAUAGUCUGUCUGAAAGAAAGGUGAAUUUAAGCGAUUUGAAGCGUUUGCGAAGGACGUUUACGUGAGUUUAACCUGUUCCAGGCCCUCGGAUGGUAGGGAUGACGCGAAAGUGAAAGGCACGGGAAAAUACGAGCGCAUGGUGUAGGAAAGGGGGGAAUAGCGGGUUUUAUAUUCGUGUUCGGGCUUUCCUCAAUUUCGCGGACCCGACUAUCUCGGAGCCUAGAGGAGGCUAGUUUACAGUAAAAGUGGUAGCUUGCUAUACAUGAAAGGAGCGUGUCUUCACCAAGAAAUGCCAUUUGCAUAGCCGUCCACUAUAGGCACGCUAAAAGCCAGAUGAUUUUUCUCGUACAAUUAUAAUAGAAAUCUGUCUAAAACACAGAGCUCUAGACCUCAAAUAAUAUCGAAAAAUCCUGCAAUCGAAGUUCAAGGGAACCACGGCUGGAUUCAUUAGUGACGGCCUCUAACGAUGACUCAUUUUGUUCCCUUCUGAUGUGAUUAUAGCAAGUUUUGCCCUUCUGUAAAUUUGUCCCAUGGGAGGGAAGGCAGGAGCAAAAACGUCAGCGAUGCGGAAGGCUAAACGUUAGUUUUUUCAUUUUUGUUUUACAGUUGUAACAAUCGACUAUGGACUGGCAACAGAAAAGGUCGGAUUGGGAAAGGAAGGUUUCCGAGCUAUUAUAGCUUUUAUUAUCGGAAUUGGGCUGAUAAUUAUGUUUGAGUUUUAUUUAUUCAUCACCAAAAUAAACAAGGAGAAGAGAACUGUUUCAUCGAACAAUAGCAGAGGUAAGAGGUUACAAUUCUUUUGGAAAAAAAUGCGUUUACUUUGACAACCAGAAAACCUUGGGUGGUUGAACUAGGCUUGUACCCUGGUAACCAUGGUUUAACAAAGCUUUUGGUGCCCGAGUGCUUGCCUCCAGUGUCCUUGCAAUCAAAGCUUAUGCAGUAGCCGAUAGCUCAUUGUAUAGCUUACCUUUAGGGUGUGAAAGUGUUUGCCAAAGCUCCAAGUAAUUUUGAACAGCAUCAUAAGAUUCUUACCUGUCUUUCCAUACGUAAACUCUCAUUUAUUCAUUAACGAGGAAAGAGUAUAAAGUAACACAGGGAACCCGCAGAAUGUGUGUGUAACCAAUUAUUAUUUUAUAGUAAAUGUACGGGAUUUACCGUUUGCUUCACCUAUAGCGUUAUAUUGCUAAGUAUGUAUAUAAAUCAGUAUUAAAUAAACGUUCAAUUACCUUACCUGUGGUAUAUUGUCGUCCUUUUGCCUCAAAAGCGGUUUUUUGAGCGAUUUUGAAGGAUUUCGAGUUUUGAACUCAACGGUAAAUCCCGUACAUUUACUAUGAUAUAACAAGCGGUUACACACACAUUACAGUGUGGGCCCCUGUGAAAGUACCAUAGGUGAGCCUCGACCUUUGUGCUGGACGCACCGGACUGCGGCGUUACAGGCGACCGACGAAAAUAAGACAGUUUUUUCCUCAUUGCCACGCCCGGCGAGAGAUCUGUGUUUUUCUUCCAUAGUUUCACCAGCUUUGCAGGGGUGGGGAUAGGAGAAAGCAUUGUUACACUUAGUCAUCCAGUUCUUUUACCUGAAACGUAAAUAUUGUUUCUAUAGCUUCCUUCUCUUAUCCGCUCUUAUGAUAAUCGGCCCUGGAGGACUCAUUGAUAAUCAUUAAUGGUAUUCACUUCAUGUCACUCUUUUAAACUUACCUCUAUUUGCAGACAUCCAAAUGGAACCGACAGGACAACAGACCGCCCAGCCGCAUCCUAAAAUGUCGAUCAAGGUUAAUAGGAAUUUACACUAUAGGCAUUUUCUUCAGGGCAUAGCUACAUGUAAUAUUAUAAUAGGGGAAUGGUUACGAAGCCCGUCAGACUCCUUUAAUAUAUGUUUUUGUGUACUUUGUGCUGCGCAAAUUUUAAAAGUGAAUAGCACUCCUAUCAUUUCGAUCUUAUUGACCAUUAAUUUUAACGUUACAUUUAUUCAUUCCUUCACAAUUUGUGAACAACAAACAAAGGAUUAUGCACCGUCAGGGAGCUUCCAUAACAAACAACAGAAACGUUGUUUUUACCUUUGAUGUUUGCCGCUUGUCAUAGCCAGGCUCCUCUACUAUCUAUGUUCACUAAAACAAUAAUAACCUCGAAAAAAAUAAAACUUUUUAUGUUAGGAAGGUGCUAUAAGUCUUGGCCGAAAGAAGGGGAUAACAAGUAAAGCCUAAAGGCAAAUAUUUGAUGGAAAACUUAAUAACCUGACUAUACUUCCUAUAUGCAUUUUUUAUCUAUCUGAUCUUUAUUAUUAUAUUUCCAUUAUACAAUUAGGAAGCAAUGCUCAGAAGCUUGAUGUUUACUUUCGUUGUCCUUCUUGGAGCAGCUGUGGCGCUGACCAUAAUCAUUCUUAUGGUGUUAAAAUAA